CCCGGCAUGGCCCCUCCCAUUGUACCUAUGAUCCAUCCUCAGGUUGCUAUUGCUGCUUCACCUGCUACGUUGGCUGGAGCAACAGCAGUCUCUGAGUGGACGGAGUACAAAACAGCAGAUGGAAAGACUUACUAUUAUAACAAUAGAACUUUGGAGUCAACAUGGGAAAAACCUCAAGAACUGAAAGAAAAAGAAAAAAUGGAAGAGAAGAUUAAAGAGCCAAUUAAAGAAUCUACAGAGGAGCCUUUACCAAUGGAGACAGAAGAAGAAGAACCAAAAGAAGAACCUAUAAAAGAACUUAUAAAGGAGGAGCCAAAAGAGGAAGAAAUGACUGAAGAAGAAAAAGCAGCUCAGAAGGCCAAGCCAGUUGCAACCACUCCUAUUCCAGGAACUCCAUGGUGUGUGGUGUGGACUGGUGAUGAGCGUGUUUUCUUCUAUAACCCUACCACUCGUCUUUCUAUGUGGGACCGACCAGAUGACCUAAUUGGAAGAGCUGAUGUGGACAAAAUUAUUCAAGAACCUCCUCAUAAAAAAGGAAUGGAAGAAGGAAAAAAACUUCUUAGAGAAGAGCAUGAAUCUACAGAAGAAGCAAAUGAAGAUGAGCCUAUUAAAAUUAAAAAGCGCAAGAAAGAUGAUAACAAAGAUAUUGAUUCAGAGAAGGAGGCUGCUAUGGAAGCUGAAAUUAAAGCUGCUCGAGAGAGAGCCAUUGUCCCUCUGGAGGCUCGCAUGAAACAAUUCAAAGACAUGCUUCUAGAAAGAGGGGUCUCUGCUUUUUCAACAUGGGAGAAAGAGCUACACAAGAUAGUUUUUGAUCCUCGUUACUUACUUCUCAACCCAAAAGAAAGAAAACAGGUGUUCGAUCAGUAUGUGAAAACCCGAGCAGAAGAAGAGCGUAAGGAGAAGAAAAACAAAAUAAUGCAGGCCAAGGAGGAUUUCAAGAAAAUGAUGGAAGAAGCAAAGAUUAAUCCAAGAACUACUUUUAGUGAAUUUGCAGCCAAGCAUGCUAAAGACUCGAGAUUCAAGGCAAUUGAAAAGAUGAAAGAUCGAGAGGCCUUGUUUAAUGAGUUUAUCACAGCGGCAAGAAAGAAGGAAAAAGAAGACUCGAAGACCAGAGGUGAGAAGAUCAAAAUGGACUUUUUUGAACUACUAGCUAAUCACCACCUGGACAGUCAGUCUCGCUGGAGCAAAGUGAAGGACAAAGUAGAGACUGACCCCCGUUACAAAGCAGUGGAUAGCUCUUCACAGCGGGAAGACCUUUUCAAACAGUACAUCGAAAAAAUAGCUAAGAAUUUAGAUUCUGAAAAAGAAAAGGAGCUGGAAAGACAAGCUCGCAUUGAGGCAAGUUUGCGUGAACGAGAAAGGGAAGUCCAGAAAGCUCGUUCAGAGCAAACCAAGGAAAUUGAUAGAGAACGUGAGCAGCACAAACGGGAAGAAGCUAUACAAAACUUCAAAGCGCUUCUGUCUGACAUGGUGCGUUCUUCAGAUGUGUCAUGGUCUGAUACCAGAAGGACUCUCCGCAAAGAUCAUCGAUGGGAAUCUGGCUCCUUACUAGAAAGAGAAGAAAAAGAGAAGCUCUUUAAUGAACACAUUGAAGCACUUACCAAAAAGAAGAGGGAACACUUCAGGCAACUUCUGGAUGAAACUUCAGCGAUAACUUUAACAUCAACAUGGAAAGAAGUGAAAAAAAUCAUUAAAGAAGAUCCAAGGUGCAUUAAAUUUUCUUCAAGUGACAGGAAAAAACAAAGGGAGUUUGAGGAGUACAUUAGAGACAAAUACAUUACUGCCAAAGCUGACUUCCGAACACUAUUGAAAGAGACCAAAUUUAUAACAUACAGAUCCAAAAAGUUGAUCCAGGAGUCAGAUCAACAUCUGAAAGAUGUAGAGAAGAUACUACAAAACGACAAGCGAUAUCUGGUACUUGACUGCGUACCGGAAGAGAGACGCAAACUCAUUGUGUCCUACGUAGAUGACCUGGACCGUCGAGGCCCGCCUCCACCACCCACAGCUUCAGAGCCUACAAGACGAACAACAAAAUAGUUAUGAAGUACUCUUAAGCCAAGGGUAUCUCUUAAAUCAAAAAGCUUGCAUGAGCCAUCUGUCAGGUUUAUACAUAUACAUUACCGUGAAUAUAUUGCAAAACCAUCUGAGGAGCAGAGGAAGAAGCAGCAUUUGUGAACAUAAAAUGGUCUCUGAG